UUGAACCCCCUUUAUCAGCUUUUCUUUCAGGAAAUUCAACGCAUCGCCAAUAUCCUGCCGAUCAAUCUACUCCGUACAGUCAGCGAGGACGUGAACAUCGACGGCUAUCAUUUCCCCGAGAAAACCCUUGUCAUUCCCCAGAUAUCUAUUCUUAUGUACGACGAAACCAUAUUUCCCGAGCCGAAAACGUUUCGCCCCGAACGGUUCCUCACCGACGACGGGAAACUGCGACGAAUCGACGAAUUCUUGCCAUUUUCCGUCGGAAAACGCCAAUGUCUGGGAGAAUCGUUGGCAAGGGCUGAACUAUUUUUGAUAUUCAGCAAUUUACUGAAGCGAUUUGAGUUUCGGCCGCCUAAUGAUGGGGAUGGCACAAGUGGUCUGUCGACACAACGCAUUCUUGGUUUGACCGUGUCACCACCAAAAUACGAAUGUGUUGUGCAAUUACGGAAACGUGAUGAAAAUCACAAUUUAGUCUGA